AUGGCAAUCGCAGCACUCAUCCCUGAGCUCCUCCGCCAAUGCUUUGUCCAUCUUCCCCGCGAAGAUCUCUCCAAGACCAGCCUCGUUCACCGCGCAUGGCUUUCACCAAGUCGUGAUAUUUAUUGGAGCACACUCCCCCUGACACUUCGCGAUGACAGCGCUGAACUUCUCGUCAAAGUCUUGGGUGAGCGUACAUCAAUCCCCCGCAAAAUCAAGGGCAUCACUAUCGACGAGUCGGAAGAUUUUGAGGAUCCCAAGGGGUCACUCACCGAACUCAAGACCCUCGUCUUCGACAGCGGCGACAAUGAGAUCAUAGCCAAACUCGUCGGUGCCGCGGCGCCGAACCUCCUAUCACUGGCCAUCUCGCCCAAACUCCCAGGCAUCAACAUCAACAUGUCUUCGGCACGCUCGCUCGUCAACCUCAGCAUUCAAACCGGCUAUCAUCCUCAUAACGAGCAUGUUCUCGCCGCCGCAGCAACAGCAAUUUCAUCCGCUCCCGCAAGCGUGGAACAUGUCUUUCUCGGCAUUGGCCCAGACACCCUCGAACCGGCUGAGCAGCCUGACGGCGCCAAUGCCCUGUGGGCAUCGAUUGAUGCUGCGCUCGCGAUCAUGCUAAAAUUGCGCAGAGUGACAUGA